AAUGUUUACGUCGCUCUUCGAUUUCUACACGACAUGAUGCGGAUGUUUGCGCAAACAAACGAUCAAUCAAGUCUCCACCUAACGCAAGACGUCAUCAGGCUAUGUGCACUAGUGACCGUUUGGAUAGCCGUCACAACAUGUCUUCCUAGCAACGCAGCCGUUCUACUAGUAGUCAAGUGUAGCAGGCUUGCAAGCCUUCCAAUCGGAACCAGUACGGUACCGUUCUUAGCCGGAGAGUCCGUCAAAUUCUUGUGCAGGACACUGUCGGGUGGUGUCGUCCGAGAGAGCGUAAAAUGGUCGAUGAACGGAAGAGAACUGAGUGAGGCCGAGUGUCCAACGCAUUCGAGCCGGGACUGCACUCGUCUAGGAUCGUUCGGUGACGAGAUGCUGUUGACAGAUCUGAGGUCUGAGGAUUCGGGAAAGAUCCGCUGCUAUACAAAUCAUAGUGUAUCCUCACCGCUCACAAUUUCUGUAAUAGAUUCUAAUAGUAAUAGUUCCGCACCUUAUAUUUGGAAUCGUGGGAAUCAAACGGCUGUGGUCGGAUCCAGCGUGACUAUCGUCUUCUUGACAACAAACGUGGAUGGUUUUCUGUUCUGGAAGAACCAUCGUGACGUCAUUCAGACUGGAAUGGGGUCGAGAUACGACAACACCAUGAAUGGAUAUCUUACAAUACGUGAUGUCGUGAAAGAGGACGAGGGAUGGAUUACACUGCAGGCGAUGAAUACAACAACGAGGCAGGAAGUGACGGCUUCUCUGUACCUAAAGGUGGUACCAGGUCCUUCGACUUCUCACAUAUCAACUCCCACUGCUUACCAAGAUACUACAAUCUCGACGGCUUAUACUACUAAAAUUGUUCAAACGACAUUCCGCCAGGCUACACCAACUAACAAAUCACUCAUAAAUGAUACUACAUCCUCUACCAAACAAAGUGCUGAAACUCCAACAUUUGUGGCUAACAAUGAUGGAAAUGACAUAGACAAAUACAUCGGCAGUGGCGUCGGAGUAUUGUUUGUCGUUGUCGUUGUCGUUGUUGUAUACUUCAUAACGAAAAGACAAAAUCAGCGCAGACGCGGUGUCAGUGAUAGCGACGACACACCCGACGUAACGUCAUCAACAGACUCCCCACAGCCUGCCGACGUGCCUCUGGAUCUUGUAGAAGUAACGCAGCGUUUAAUCAACAUAGAGCAAGGAGUGGAGAAAAGCAAAGAUCUGGGCGAGAAAACUUUGAGCCAAGUGAAAGUAAACGGUGAUUUGCUACACGAAAGCAGAGUUGCUCAUGCUGAAGACACUAACGAAGAAAAAUUCUCACAGAUUGCAGGUGAACUGGAACCUUGACCACUUCCCAAUUGUCUACACUGAGAGAAACGAUGAAAGUUUGUAUAGAAAUAGUCACUGAGACAAAUGUGCGUAUACCUAGUAAGCUGAAUGCACACUGUAAAUAGCAGCUGCAUUUCUUGGUAAAGUAUACUUCUAUACU